AUGGAGCUCUCCUUUACGCAGGAUGAAAAGCGAUUUGUUCUCGCUGAGAUUAUAAAAUCCAGUACUGUCAAAAUCGACCUUUUGCUGGCCUUCAUAAACACCAAUCGUGUUGACCCUGAUUGGAUGAGGAUGCAGCUCCCGCUUGGUCGCAAUAUGAAUCAGUGUAUGCAAGUUGUAGAGCAUAUGGGCGGCCCUUCUUCGAAUUCCAAAAGGCUAUCAACAAGCAGCCAAGGCGAGCCUGUUCUGAAAGAAGCCGAUUCUAGCGUCGCGGGCGACACAACUAGCUUGAAUACCCAGCAUUUAUCACCUCCCGUUUCAAAUGUACCCGUUCCGAUCCUCCCUCGACCAUCAAAGGGACUUGAGCAGAAUCAAGUUGCCAUGCCUCCGCCGCAAUCAACAACAAAACCCAAGAAACGAGGCCGUCCGUCUCGGGCUGAUAAAGCCAAGAGAGAUCUUCGUCCAAAUCUUCCACCACACAUAGCUCCUCGUAUGCAACACGGCACUGGACACAGACCAAUUCUGCCUGCCAUUCCACAUCCACUCAACAAUCCAGCUCAGCCAGGGUUGUCACUAUUUGCGACCGUCGAUACAAGAAAGGCGAAGAAGCGAAAGAUGGUCACGCCUCUUGGGCAACCUCAGCCAGCCAACCCCAGUACUCUUUCUACAAGCUCUGUCGUAUCAAGUUCCGCGACAUAG